GCAUUGCACCUUCCGCUUAAGAAUCGCUCCGAUCGAUCCCCACCACCACCACCACCCUCAUCAUCAUCAUCAUCAUCAUCACCACUCUCUCUCUCUCUCUCUGAUCAUCAAUCAUACGCUUAUAAGUGUAAUCCCAAUUCUUGUAGCUAUACUAAGGAAGCGUUUAGCUGUAGGUAAUUGGAUAUAGUUUCUAAUUCAAAGCAUUACUGGAGAAACUAAAAGCAACCCAUAAUUGAAAGAAUCCGGAAAAGUCAGCAUCAGGAAAAUUGUUAGCACAGUUGAACUAGUCAAUAGUGUGAAAGCCUGGAAAUUGCUACUAUUUAAUCUGGGAAAUAGUUGGUUUAUUCUAGAGGUGUAGAAGUCAGCUUAUGUGAGAUUGUAAUUCUUUCAGAGAGAUAGGAGCAGUGACUGUUACAAAUAUUGAGCCAAGAUGGGUUCUUUCAAGGGUCAUGCUCUGCCAGGGACGUUGUUUCUUGUAGUUGGGUUGUGGCAUAUAUGGAGCGCGCUGGUCAGAUAUGUAUCGGACCCGAAAUCCUUUCGGGUGCGGGUUUGGAAUCCUGUGCCGGGGUUUGAUGGGAGGAUGAGAAACUUGGAGCUAUAUGUCAUCGCCGUUGGUUCUUUUAUUGAUCUGUGUAUCGAGCUUUUGUAUUCGCCUCAUUUUAAGUACUUUGUUAAUGGAGUUCUGAACCCUGCUCACAUGAACGAUUUCGAGCAUUCGGGGAUGCUUCUUAUGUUCUUUAUCUUCGGCUUAAUUGCUCUGCUCUCACAGGAGACAAGAUUUCUUCUGUUGCCUGAAGGAGCACUUUGUCUGAUUGCUGCCACAGCCUUCUCUGCGGAGUAUCUCCUCUUCUACUUUCACUCAACAACUCACAAAGGUCUCGAGGGGUAUUACCACAUCAUCCUUGUCUUACUGAUUGGGCUCUGUAUAUUAUCAACUGUUACAGGAGCACUCCUGCCAACCAGUUUUCCAGUUGAUUUAUGCAGUGGCAUUGCCUUAACUCUCCAAGGCAUCUGGUUUUAUCAGACUGCAUUCACCCUCUAUGGUCCGAUGAUGCCAGCUGGUUGUCAGUUGAAGGAUGGAAUGAUCUCAUGUCGUUCUGCAGACAAUGAGGUCCGGGGAGAGUUACUCGCAAACUUCCAGUUCUUUUCCAUAGUUCUUGGUGUACUUGUUGCUGUUGUGGUGGCAUAUGGUUUUGUUGCUUCAAGAUUUGGGCAUUCAGAUGUCAAGCGUUUGCAUGCAGUACAGGAUGUAUUGGUUGACGAUCAACUUAGGGGUUACUAGAGCACAUAUGAGAUAAACUAAUAAUAUAUACUGGAGGAAAAGCUGAGAAAUGGUUUUAGGUUGUCAACUGUAGGUGAUCAUCACUUAUAUUUGAAGGAAGCCGGACACGGCGGAAAUUGUGGUAUUUACAGAAAAAAAAUUGUCAAUGAUGUAGAGACCUUAGUUUGAGGUCAUGUUACUUUCUGAUGCUGGAUUUACUAACCCUGUUUAAAUGGGUUUGUGUUCGGUCCGAAGGGAAAAAACAUGAGAAAACCUUAUGUUAUACCCGUUAUAACUGUUGAAAAUGUGAUCUCAUACAAUUUUGUUUGAUCUUUCAGCGAAAUCAUUACUCCUGUGAUACUAUCUUUUUUAUUCAUAAUAUUAUUUUGAGGUCCGGAGGUCUUGGAGCGAGUGAUAGGAAUCAUAGGA